CGAGGUCGGUAGCGCAUUAAAUCUUAUUCGCCUGCUGGGAAUGGCAUUCCCUUCUUCACGGGAGGACUAAAACGGACAGACAGCAGAACAGACAGCCAACACAAAACAACAGUCCCAUCCUCGAAUCCGACGCAGAGCAGAGCAGAGGAGAGCCCUUUCUUCUUCUUCUUCUUCUUCUUCUUCUUCUUCUUCUUCUUCUUUGUCUUCUGACGAAGGGAGUGGGGAAGAUUUGAUAACCGAGCAAAGGGUGAGAAAUGGGCGCCUCAGAAUCAGUCCCCGAGAAAUCAAUCCACGAGUUCACUGUCAAGGAUAUCAGGGGCAAGGACGUGCAGCUCAGCACUUACAGAGGCAAAGUUCUUCUCGUGGUCAAUGUCGCUUCCAAAUGUGGCUUUACUGACUCCAACUACACCCAGCUCACCCAACUCUACAACAAAUACAAAGAGAAAGGUCUUGAGAUUUUAGCAUUUCCUUGCAACCAAUUCCUGAGGCAAGAGCCUGGAACAAGUGAGGAGGCACAGGAAUUCGCUUGUACAAGAUACAAGGCCGAAUACCCAAUAUUCAAGAAGGUGCGAGUGAAUGGACCUGAUGCAACUCCAGUGUAUAAGUUCCUUAAAUCAAAUGCAAGUGGAUUUCUUGGUUCUAGAAUAAAAUGGAACUUCACUAAGUUCCUGGUCAACAAGGAAGGGCAAGUCAUCAAGCGCUAUGGUCCAACUACCAGCCCAUUAGCUAUUGAGGCGGACAUAAAGAAGGCAUUGUGAGAGGGAUGAAGCACAUGAUUUUGCCAGAACAGAGCUUGAGUAAAAGAUGUGUUAAAAAAAAGUGUGCAAGAGAGUUGUAAUUGCUGCUAGUUUGGUCAAACUCUUGCCUUGUUUUGGUUUGGCGUGGGGAUAUACUGGCUUGUCGCGGAGCUUUCGUACUCUGUGGUGUCUGUAUUAUAUGUAUAUCUCGUCUUGUCAAUCUUGGGAUGAUGAGUAGAAAGGCCUUUGUAUGAUUCUGUUUUCAAUUGAACACUGCAGAAUGGACUUAGGAUUUUGUCAGAAAUAAUGUUCUUGUUCAUAAAAUCAUCAGUAGGAAACAGAAAAGGUCGAGUUUUUGUGUGUACAACAAAUGAUUACUCAUUCUAUUACUUUAUUGUACCUCAAAGGCUUGUACUGUUUA